CAAAAUUAAAUAACAAAGGAAUGACGUCGUAUCAUCCCUUCAAGAUAUCUCCAAAAUUUCCCCGGUUUGUCUUCAUCCAAAUGCAAAUUGUUCAUGAUCGACCGUUUUGAUUUGCCGGUUUAUCUCUUCGUCUGAACUGAUGACUGAAUGUAUCCCAACACGAACGACGUCGUAUCAUGAGUAUGAAGAUAUGGUACGGGUUAGUCUCCCUUGUCUAUUUUUUUCAUCUGCAAGUGAAGGAACCUCUGUGAAUAUCUCUAUCUGUAAUCGAAAAUGGCGAUUUUAGCAUCUCUCCCAAACCCAAAUCUCUUCUCCUCCCUCCCCACACCCCCACCCCCAUCCCCAUCUCCGAACACCAUCAAACCCCCAAUCCCGAUUCCCAAAUAUCCACCAGUCCGCAAAGCCCAAAAACCACCACCACCAAAACCCCAAUCAAACCCCGCCUUCAAAACCUUCCACCGCCGCUCCAAAUACUACAAACCUGUUAGAGAUGGUGAAGUUGUUUCCUCCGACGGAGACCGUUCCGUCGUCGUAGGUGAAUCCGGUGUAUCCUACCAGCUCCCCGGUGCCCCAUUUGAAUUUCAGUACAGUUACUCCGAAAUUCCCCGAGCCAAGCCAAUUGCCAUUCGUGAGCCAGCCUUUCUGCCAUUCGCGCCGCCCACUAUGCCAAGGCCUUGGACUGGUAAGGCGCCAUUGAAGAAAUCAACCAGGAAAAUCAAGCUUUUCGAGUCAUUGAAUCCGGGUAACAAUUCCAAUUCCAAGCAACUGGAGAUGUUGAAACCGUAUGAGCUUGGGAAUUUUGAGGUGAAGCCGAGGGAGGAAGUGCUUGGGAAGCCACUAAGUAGAGCAGAGAGACUAGAGCUUGUUAAACUUCACAUUUCUAGUAAUCGCCAGGUCAAUCUUGGAAGGGAUGGAUUGACGCAUAAUAUGCUGGAACUGAUACAUUCCCACUGGAGGAGAGAUCCUGUCUGUAAAGUCCGAUGCCUUGGAGUUCCCACUGUUGACAUGAGAAAUGUUUGUCGAGUUCUUCAGGAGAAGACUGGUGGUAAAAUUAUUCUUAAAACUGGUGGUGUGCUUUAUCUUUUCCGUGGUAGGCACUAUGAUCAUAACACUCGUCCACAAUAUCCUCUGAUGCUAUGGAAACCUGCAACCCCAGUUUACCCUAAACUCAUACAAGAAGCACCUGAAGGUUUGACUAAAGAAGAAGCCGAUGAGUUGAGAAUAAAAGGGAAAAAACUUCCCCCAAUUUGUAAACUAGCUAAAAAUGGAGUGUACCUUAAUCUAGUAAAAGAUGUGAGACAAGCUUUUGAAGAGUCUGCAUUGGUGAAGAUUGACUGUACAGGGAUGCAUGCAAGUGAUUACAAAAAGCUUGGUGCUAAGUUAAAGGAAUUAGUUCCUUGUGUGCUGCUAUCUUUUGAUGAUGAACAAAUCUUGAUUUGGAGAGGCCAUGCUUGGAAAUCUAUGUACCAUGGUGCACCUAUAUCAGAAAACAACACUGAAAUUGACUUAUACAAGUCAAAGACAGUAUCAUCUAUUUCAAGCCCAAAAAUGACAUUGUUAUGGAGACGAGCUAUUGAGUCAAACAAGGCGAUGUUGCUGGAAGAUAUUGGGGUGGGACCCGAUGAUCUGUUGAAAGUGGUGGAGGAGUUUGAGACAGUUUCACAGGUGGCAGAGCAUUCAUAUCCUGCAGAAAUCGUGUCAAAUGAAGAUUUUGAAGAGGAGGAUUACAGUGAAGAUGAGAGUUACUUUGAUGAAGAUUCUGAUGAUGAAUAUGGUGAUGUCAGUCAGAAGUCGGCUCCUCCAGGAUCAUUGCCAGUUGAUUUCUUAGCAGAACAGCUGAGGGACAGUGAUGAAUGGAGGCCAAAUGGGAGUUACAGAUUAGAGUGAUUCUGAUUCCGAUUCCGAUUCU